AGGGAGAGACAGACAGACGGAGGGGGGGUCCUGAGAGCCGGCUCCAGGACAACCGGGGCGCGAGGGACCGGGACCGGGCCUGAGUUUGAGCGUCGCAGCGCCCGGUCUGUUCACUUGAAAAGCUGUAAUCAUGACAGCCGAGGAGACGAUAAACGUUAAGGAGGCUGAAAUUAUCAAGCUGAUCUUAGAUUUUCUGAAUUCAAGAAAACUUCAUAUUAGCAUGCUUUCUCUUGAAAAGGAAAGUGGAGUUAUAAAUGGGCUCUAUUCAGAUGACAUGCUUUUCCUAAGACAGUUAGUACUUGAUGGCCAUUGGGAUGAGGUACUUCAAUUCAUCCAGCCACUUGAGUGUAUGGACAAAUUUGAUGGGAAAAGAUUCCGGUAUAUUAUACUAAAGCAGAAGUUCUUAGAAGCUUUGUGUGUGAACAAUGCAGUGUCUGCAGAUGACGAGCCUCAACAUUUGGAAUACACAAUGCAAGAGGCUGUGAAGUGUCUCCAUGCACUAGAGGAAUACUGUCCCACCAAGGAAGACUAUAGCAAGCUAUGCUUACUUCUUACCCUUCCUCGUCUGACCAACCAUGCAGAAUUUAAGGAGUGGAACCCCAGCACUGCUCGAGUCCAAUGCUUUGAGGAGGCCUGUGUCAUGGUGGCAGAGUUCAUUCCUGCUGAUAGAAAGCUGAGUGAAGCUGGUUUCAAAGCAAGCAAUAACCGAUUAUUUCAACUGAUCAUUAAGGGCUUGCUGUACGAGUCUUGUGUGGAAUUCUGCCAGAGUAGAGCCACUGGUGAAGAGAUCAGUGAGAGUGAAGUUUUGCUUGGAAUUGAUUUGUUGUGUGGAAAUGGCUGUGAUGAUCUUGACCUAAGUCUUCUCUCCUGGCUUCAAAACCUAUCGCCCAGUACUUUCUCUUGUGCUUUUGAACAAAAGGUUUUGAACAUUCACACGGACAAACUUGUGAAACCCACAAGAGCAACAUACUCUGAUCUAUUAACACCACUAAUUAAUAAACUCUCUCCUUACCCAUCAUCCCCAUUGAGGCGCCCACAGUCUGCUGAUGCAUACAUGUCACGUUCCUUGAACCCAGCAUUGGAUGGACUGUCAUAUGGACUCACUAGUCAGGAGAAGCGUAAUGCUGAUUUAGUAAACCGAAGUUCUCCAAUGUCUCAUUCUUUUGCUAAUUUUCAUUACCCCGGAACGCAAAAUCUUACCCGAAGUCUUUUAAUGGAAAACCCAGACUGUCACAGCAUAUAUGAGGAAUCACCAGAAAGGACCGAGUCCCCUCUGCCCAGAGAGCAACAUUGUGAUGGUGGUGAAGCUCUUAUUCAUAGUGAACCACCCGAACUAGAUUCCUUACAAGCAUCUACAAAUACAAUCACUCCCAAAGUGGAAAAGAAUGAGCCGAAGGAAUCCACAGAACAUUUACAGGAAUACUAUCGACAGCGAAUACGCUACCAGCAACACUUGGAGCAAAAAGAGCAGCAGAGGCAACUAUACCAGCAGAUGUUACUGGAAGGAGGGGUCAAUGAGGAGGAUGGAGCAGCUCAGCAGCAGAACCUCACUGAACAAUUCCUCAGCAGAUCAAUGCAGAAACUAGAAGAAAUGAAUUUAGGAAUGGAUAACCUCAGCACUGAUGUGCAGACUGAUAACCAGCAGUGUAAUGGAAACAAACCAAAUACACAAAAUGACUCUUUGUCUACAAAUUGUUUGUCUAAUCAGCAAUGUUUAGGAGAUUUGGAGAACUCGAGCCACUGCACAAGUACUCCAUGUAAACUCAGUACAGAAAACCUGUUGCCCUUCACUGAAGAAUCCCCAGUCUGUUCUGUGCAAAAUGCCAAUUGUUCAUCUCCAUUAAGAGAUCCAAAUGGAAAAACUCCUACGGCUGGAAAUUUGUCAGUCAGUGAAAAUGGGGUAAAGCAUGGCGAGGACGAUGAAUCAAAAAAACAGUUCAUUGCCAUCACUACCCUGGAGGACACCCAAGCCAUAAGGGCAGUAGCAUUCCAUCCCAGUGGCACUCUUUAUGCAGUUGGCUCUAACACAAAAACUGUGCGGGUUUGUGCUUACCCAGAAGUUAUUGACCCAAGUGAACAGAAUUCACCUACACAACCUUCAGUGAAGUUUAAAAGGAAUAAACACCACAAGGGUUCUAUCUACUGUGUGGCCUGGAGUCCUUGUGGACAGCUGUUAGCUACUGGAUCCAACGAUAAAUAUGUGAAAGUGUUGCCUUUCAAUGCAGAGACCUGCAAUGCUACAGGUCCUGAUUUAGAGUUCAGCAUGCACGAUGGUACAAUCCGAGAUCUUGCAUUUAUGGAGGGCCCAGAAAGUGGAGGAGCUAUCUUAAUCAGUGCUGGAGCAGGAGACUGCAAUAUUUACACUACUGACUGUCAACGAGGACAAGGUUUACAUGCACUCAGUGGACAUACUGGUCACAUUCUGGCACUUUAUACUUGGGGAGGCUGGAUGAUUGCAUCUGGAUCACAAGACAAAACUGUACGAUUCUGGGAUCUGAGAGUUCCAAGCUGUGUUCGUGUUGUUGGAACAGCGUUUCAUGGGUCGGGCAGUGCUGUUGCUUCUGUGGCUGUAGAUCCAAGUGGCCGUCUCCUAGCCACAGGCCAGGAGGAUUCCAGCUGCAUGCUGUAUGAUAUUAGAGGAGGGCGAGUGGUACAGAUCUACCAACCCCACAGCAGUGAUGUCCGUUCAGUGCGGUUCUCCCCAGGAGCUUACUACCUUCUCACCGGGUCUUAUGACACCUGUGUCAAAAUUACAGACCUACGAGGGGAUCUGAUGAAGCCACUUCCCACGACUGUAGUGGGUGAGCACAAGGACAAGGUAAUUCAAUGUCGAUGGCACACUGAGGACCUAUCCUUCUUAUCUUCAUCUGCUGACAGAACAGUCACCCUUUGGACUUACAACAGCAGUUGACUCACCUCUGCCAAUGCAGACAAAGCACAAUUGUAAUUGUAAUCCAAGAUCUGAAUUUAUUGGCAAUCAUGGAUUAAUAACUAUUUGUAGCUGGCGAGUGGAACAUUAUGUGGGAUGGCACAGGCCGGUCGGUGUGUGGUGCUGUUCAUGCUAAAUGAAACUGUUGUUUGUGCUUGUAUUAUGCUGUGCUUAAGUCUUCCAAUGUGAUCACGCUGCUGUCACUGAUAGAGCCCUGUUGCCAAAUUUACACGAUGACUUGAGUUGUUUGUAAUGUACAAGAUGAAGCAAGGCAAAUGUGUUUGGUUAAUAUUUAUGACAUUCCUUGUUCAGUGUGCCAGCGACUAAUGUAGAAAGCUGGCUGUGUAUUAUAGAGCUCUGUUCCAGUUGUGUAUGUUACUUUUACAGCAAGUCACAGUGAAUUGAAAUUAAAUCAGCAGUUCCCCCAAACAGGAAGUUGUAGUUUACCUGUAGAAAGUAUUAAAAAAAAGCUGGCCAGCUUAUAGCAGCACUCCCAACGUGAGGAAACAAGAUGGUUGACAGAAUAUUUUGAAUGUAACUUAUUUGCUUUUAUACUUCAUGUAGCAUGGCUUUCCACUGUGUGCACGCAUGGAUAAUAUUACAGUAUUUACACCAUCUCCCCCCAUAACCCUAAUAAAUUCUCUUCUUUUAUUUCAAGUUUUUUUUCUAAAGUGUGAAAAACAGUUACUUUCCUUGAUAUAUUCUGUUUGUAUAUGUAAUGCUUAUUAUAUUUUCAUAUUGUACAGUUUAGUUUAAUUUAAACUCCUAAAUGUUGGGUUCAUUAUUAAUAUUUAACUUAUGCAUUUGUGCGUUUGGCUACAAGAACUAAAAUGUAAGCACCUAAGCACUCCUGUUUAGUUUUUCUAACCAUUGUAAUGAGUGAAAAGUUAACCUGAGAAUUUGGAAGUGUGAUUGUGCAGUGUUUUCUCAAUAAAGACCUUUAUUUAAUACAAA